AUGCGCGGUCCGAUGAAGUGUACGAAGAACACCGAGCUGAGUUCAAAAGUUUGUUUGUCGAUGAGAGGUGGCAGGCAGGAAUUGCGGGACUACUUUGAGAAGAACUGGGAUAAUUGCAAAGACAUGUGGGUUAUGGCGUACCGGAUGGAGUUGCCUUACUUCAACAAUCACACGAAUAACCGCGUGGAAAGCCUGUUCAGCAAAGUGAAGCAGCAUCUGAAGGGCCAUCUCACUAUGAACGCCAGUUUGGAGGCUCUCUUGUUCUACCAGCGGCGCAAGGAGGAGGAGUACUUCGCCAAGGUGGAAAUGCCUGAAACAUUGCGGGACAUUACGUACUCUGAGGAAAUGAACAUCGUGCUCGGGAUGACGACGAAAUGGGUGGCAGCCGCAAUCAAGUCCCAGUACGACGUUGCGGUAGACCCCGAGAUUGUAAGCUCGUACACAGUAGUAGACAAUGGACCGACCGUCACCCUCCGAAGAGAAGACCACGAGUACUUACUGCAGAAGGAGACGUUCAAGUGUGACUGCGAGUUCUCACAGACCAUGCAGCUACCUUGCCGACACGCGAUGAUCUGA